AUGGAUAAGUUCUAUACAAUGUUGGAGUUGGAACUAAUUUUAAGUAGCUGCAGCUUAGCGUAUUUCGAAACGGAAUCUCUAGACUCCGAAACAGAAUCUCUAGAUUUCGAAACGGAAUCUCUAUAUUCCGAAACGGAAUUUCUAGAUUCCGAAACGGAAUCUCUGGAUUCCGAAACGGAAUCUCUAGAUUCCGAAGCGGAAUCUCUAGAUUCCGAAGCGGAAUCUCUAGAUUCCGAAGCGGAAUCUCUAGAUUCCGAAGCGGAAUCUCUAGAUUCCGAAGCGGAAUCUCUAGAUUCCGAAGCGGAAUCUCUAGAUUCCGAAGCGGAAUCUCUAGAUUCCGAAGCGGAAUCUCUAGAUUCCGAAACGAAAUCUUUAGAUUCCUAA